GCACUGAUUUAUAGCUCACAGAACAGAAAUCCUAUUGCAAGCGCACUGCUUAAAGUCCUCAUUAUCAUUAAGAGUAAAAACGCCAUAGCGUUCCAAUGGGUUGCUCAUCAUCGUUGGAAAACAAAAAAAUAGCCUGCAGUUCGUCGGUUUAUGGCAGCAGAAGCAUCGCUCUUUCUCCAAAACAGAAAAAAAUCGUUCAAUCAACUUGGCUUCUUUUAGAACCAAAGAAGAAURAACUAGGAGUCCAGAUAUUCUUGAGUCUUUUUGAAGCAAUUCCAUCGCUUCAACAAGUAUUUCCCGAAUUUCGUAACGUCAAACUAGAAACUCUAAAGACAGAGAGGUCUCUCCACGGACACACAAAGAGAGUCAUGAAGGUGGUGGAGAAUGCGGUCACCUCGUUAGAGGAUCCUGAUAGUAUGAUUGAAUACCUACUGGAACUGGGGAGAAGGCAUAGAUACAGGCAGAUCAAGCCAAAACCAUUACAUUUGGAGGAAAUCUGUAAAUGUAUCAAGACAACAUUCAUGGUAUAUCUUGGAUCAGAAUGGACAACAGAUGUAGCAGAAUCCUGGAAUAUUUUCUUAGAUUCUGUAAUCAGUCUAAUAAAAGAAGGACUUCAUCGAACUUAGUCUUACAUGAGAACGCACAGGCAACCCACACAACGUCUUUCACUUGCCCUUAUCUUAAAGACUGGUAACGAGAUUAUCGAUCUUGCAUGGAACUAUGGACAUCACCUUGUAUUUUCUUUAUUCUCAUUUAAUGGGAGCUUGGGUUGCUUGGUGUCUCAUAUCUAGUAUGAGGAAAAGAUCUAAACAGCCCCACAAUUCCAUGCGGGGCGAACUGAUAGUCAAUGUGAACCUAUCUUUAAAACGUUACCACAAGGAUUUCCUAUUAGGGGUCACAGGCAUCCCAAGAAACCCGGCAUUCUUCUUCUUGCUCGCCGCAGUAGUCCGUAAAAAUACUCAUAAAUAAUUUUAAAAAUCAUGAAUACUUUUAAUAUUAAAUAUAUCUAUCUGGAGAUUGAAGUUAAUUACAAGCUACUGGCAAAAUGAAGCAAUAAAAUUAAUAAGAUAAAAAUA